AUGAAUCCGGUGGAUGGAAUAGGAGAAACGGGCCCGGACGGCCUGGCGACGGCAGGGUCCAGUAAAACAGAGUCCGUCCGGGCAGGUGACGUCCUGACAGUGCUCAGAGAGAAAGUGGCCUUUGUGUCUGGUGGACGAGACAAACGAGGAGGACCAAUCCUGACAUUCCCAGCUAGGACCAACCAUGAGCGAAUAAAACAAGAAGAUCUGAGUCGGCUAGUUACAUACCUGUCAACUAUUCCUAGUGAGGACGUGCGUGCUCGAGGGUUCACAGUGGUGGUGGACAUGCGUGGUAGUAAGUGGGACAGCGUGAAACCAGUGUUACGCACUUUGCAGGAGUCAUUUUCCUCUAACAUCCACAUCGCGCUGCUCAUCAAACCGGAUACAUUUUGGCAAAAACACAAGACCAACCUGGGCAGUGCAAAGCUCAGCUUUGAGACCAGUCUGGUGUCUGUGGAAGGUCUGUCCCGGUUAGUUGACCCCUCUCAGUUGACAUCUGACCUCGGUGGCUCUUUGGAGUAUGAUCAUGUGGAGUGGACAGAGCUGCGUCUGGGUCUGGAGGAGUUCUCAGGGGCUGCCACACAACUGUUAACCCAACUGGAUCAGCUGGAGGUUGGGCUGACCAGCAUACCAGAACCGCAGGAUGUAGAUGACUCCCGCAAAAUCCUCGAGGAACACAAUCGUCUCCGGAACACCAUCGCUACAGCCCCAGUUGACGCCCUUGACCGUGAGGGGAAGAGCUUGCUUCAGCGCAUGCGCUUGGGCCCCUCCCACGGGGACACAUUGAAUGAGAGUGGUGGCGGGAGCCAUGGCAGCUGGCUGUCUGGCGGGGCUGACUUUCAAAGCGUGGCGCCAAAGGUGUCCUCCUUACUGGAUCGUCUGCAAGUGGCUCGUAGUCAUCUGCUGCAGAGCUGGAGCGACAGGAAGCUCCAUUUAGACCAGGCUCUGCAGUUACACCUUUUUGAGCAGGAUGCCACCAAGAUGUCUGAGUGGAUCGCCCACAGUAAGGAGUUAUUCGUGCAGUCUCUAGUGGAGGUUGGUCAGAACCAUCAGCACGCCGUUGACUUGCAAACACAACAUCAGCACUUCACCUCAAAUGUGAUGAACGGUAGUGUGAAUGUGGACAGUGUCGUGACUGUGGCAGCCAGGCUUGCAGAAGCUGGUCACUUUGGGGCGGAGAGAAUUUCCACAGUGUCCUCAAAGCUUCAAGAAGACUGGAAAUCUCUGACCACCGCACUGGAGGAGCGUAGCAACACAUUAGCAAUGGCAACUGGCUUCCACCAAGGGGCAGAACAGUUUCUUCAGAAAGCAGAGGCGUGGCUUCAAACCUAUGCUGAGGCAUCACUGCCAUUAGUGACGACUGAGCUUGAAGAAGCUGUAAAAACACAUCAGGAGCUGAAUGAGGAGAUCUCUGCCAACUACACCCAGGUCAGCGAAAGCGGCAAAGCCUUGCUUGAGGUCCUAAACCGGAGUGUGGCGACAGACAACAACGAAUCAUCGUCUAAACCAGACUUCACUGCCACCACACACGGCAUCAUGGGAGUUCUGCACCAGGUCAUGCAGUGUCACCAUGACCUGGAGAAUGCAUGGCAACACCGCAAGCUUCGCCUCCACCAGCGCCUUCAGCUGUGUGUGUUUCAACAGGACGUCAGACAGGUAUUGGACUGGGUGGAGCAGCAUGGUGAGGUUUUCCUCAACAAGCACAGCGGUGUAGGGAAGUCUCUGCACCGAGCGCGAGCUCUUCAGAAACGGCACGAUGACUUUCAGCAAGUGGCUCAGAACACUUACACCAAUGCAGAGAAGCUUCUGGAAGCAGCUGACCAACUGGCUCAGUCUGGUGAGUGUGAGGAGGAGGAGAUCUACCAGGCGGCCCGUGACUUAGAGCUUCGCAUGCAGGCAUUCAUUCAGAAGGUGGAACAAAGGAAAAUGCUGCUAGACUUGGCUGUAUCCUUCUACACACACACCAAAGAGCUAUCGUCAUGGAUGGAAGGGCUACAGAAGCAGCUCUCCGCUGACCUCUGCAAUGGAUCUGAAUCCGUGGAAGCUCUGCAGACACUAAUGAACCAGCAACAACAGCAGCAGGCCAACACACAGGAGGCUGCAAUGAGUGUCAUCAGAGAAGGGGAAGACUUGAUACUACAACUCAGGCCCCAGGGCAGCUCAGUGGCCCAUGUUGAGUCAGUGCUUCAACAACUGGAGGAGUUCCACGUUCAACUGGAGGAAGUAUUCCAUCAGAGGAAGAUCCGAUUGGAUGUUUACCUGCAACUGCGUAUUCUACAACAGUGCAUCUUGGAGGUCACCGGAGAGAUGGAUGCCUGGAAGCAAGAGCUCCAGAAACAAUCCCAGGACCUCUCUUCUGAGAAGCGGCUCUCUGAACCUAACCAAGACAAGCAAACACUCGGGCCAUCACGACUAGCUGAAGCUAGCCCAGAGGCACUUUCAUUAGCACAGCAGCGAAUUCACAGGCACAUGGAAAGGCGGCUCGCUGUGAACAAUAUGACCUACGAGGUGGUUCAGCAAGGUCACGACCUUCAGCAGUACAUCACCGAGGUUCAGGCAACAGGAAUUGAGCUUUCAGAGGUGGAGGGUGAGCUCUCUUCUCAGGUGGAGGAGCUGCAACGCCUAAUGUUGGACAAACAGAAAGAACUGCAGCAAAUCGCAGAUCACACUCACACACACCUGGAACAGAAUCUCCAACUUAGACACCUACAGAACCAGGUUAAACAGGUGCUGGGUUGGAUCACGGAGGGUGAAGUCAUGUUGUCAUCCUGCAUGCUGAACUCCAGCUGUUUGUCGGAAGCUGAACAGCUGCAGAGAGAACAUGAGCGCCUCCAACAGGCCAUAGAGGGGCUCUUACAUGCUGACUCCUUGCAGAGGACCCACCAGGUAGCUCUGGCUCUACAGCAGAGAGCAGAGCUACUAGUCAGGUCAGGCCACUAUGAUCCAGAUGCUGUGAGGUCCUGCGCACAAACAGUGGCACUGCAUUGGCAGACCCUGAUGCUGCGGAUUGAGGACCGACUCAAGCUGGUCAAUGCUUCUGCCGCUUUCUACAGAACAUCACAACAAGUAUGCGGAGUGCUGGAGAGUCUAGAGCAGGAGUACCGUAGGGAGGAGGACUGGUGCGUGGGUGGGGAUAGACAGCCUGAACAUCUCUUGCCCCUCAUUAACAAACACAUGGAGCAGAAGGAGGCCUUUCUCAAGGCAUGCACACUCGCCAGACGGAAUGCGGAGGUUUUCCUCAAGUACAUCCACCGCAACAGUGUCACCAUGGCGAAUAUCUCUGGCCACAAUGUCAACGUGCCGGGGGUCACCGAAGUGACUGGGCAUUCGCGGGUACCGGAGCAACAGGUCAAAGGUAUCCUCAGUGAGUUGUUACAGAGAGAAAAUAGAGUUCUUCACUUUUGGACGUUAAAAAAGCGCCGACUGGACCAAUGUCAGCAAUAUGUCAUGUUCCAGAACCAUGCACAACAGGCUCUGGAUUGGUUGGCUCAGUCAGGGGACCAUUACCUGGCCACGCACACGUCACCAGGGGCUACAGGGGCAGAAACGCAAGAGUUGCUCAACCAACACCGACAGUUUUGCGUUUCGGCCAAACAUACCCAGGAAAAGGUUCACUUGCUCAUCCAACUGGCUGAGAGCAUGCUAACCAAAGGCCACGCUCACCGCAUAGAGCUUCGCCGAUGUGUUUCCGCCGUAGAUAAACGGUAUCGGGACUUCACUGUCAGGAUGGGCCAGUACCGCCAUUUGCUGGAGACGGCGUUGGGAGGCUGCCCACAGGACAACAAGGACUUGGAGCUGGAGCUAAUUCCCAACAGUCUGUCUGACUCAGAUCCUGAAGUCAAUCUAUCAGACCCCAGCCACCAGGUCAGCGAUGAAAAGAGACGCUCAGCCCGCAAGAAAGAGUACAUAAUGGCAGAGCUGCUUCAGACAGAGAGGGUCUACGUCCGAGACCUUCAAGAAUGCAUUGAGACAUACAUGUGGGAGAUGACGAGUGGCUCUGAAGAUGUCCCAUCUGGUCUUAGCAAUCGGGACGAUGUGGUGUUUGGGAACAUCCAGGAUAUAUACGAGUUCCAUAACAGCAUUUUCCUGAAGGAGCUGGAAAACUAUGAGCAGCUUCCGGAAGAUGUGGGACAUUGUUUUGUCACCUGGGCUGACAAGUUCCACAUGUACGUGACCUAUUGCAGGAAUAAGCCAGACUCCAGUCUACUGAUCCAACAGCAUGGUGCUGGCUUCUUUGAGGAGGUGCAGAGGAGACACGGGCUCACUAACUCCAUCUCAUCAGCGCUCAUCAAACCUGUUCAGAGGAUCACUAAGUACCAACUACUGCUAAAAGAGUUGUUGGCGUGUUGUGAAGAAGGAAAGGGCGAGAUUAAGGAAGGCCUGGACGUAAUGCUGAGUGUUCCCAAGAGAGCUAACGAUGCUAUGCAUGUUAGCAUGCUAGAAGGUCUCGAAGAGGGUCUAGAAGUGCAAGGUGAGCUCUUGCUGCAGGACUCCUUUCUCGUUUGGGAACCUAAGUCCCUCAUCAGGAAAGGGCGUGAUCGACACCUCUUCCUGUUUGAGCUGUCACUUAUCUUCAGCAAGGAAAUGAAAGAUUCAUCAGGACGGACCAAGUAUAUUUACAAGAGUCGCUUGAGGACAUCAGAACUUGGUGUGACGGAACACAUUGAAGGAGAUCCUUGUAAAUUUGCGCUUUGGGUUGGCAGGACGCCAACUUCGGACAACAAGACAGUUCUGAAGGCAUCAUCAUUGGAGCUGAAGCAGGAGUGGGUCCGCAGUAUUCGCCAGGUGAUCCAGGAGAGGCGGGGUCACCUUCGGGGAGCGCUGAGGGAGCCCAUCCCGCUUCCGAAAACCCCCAAUCUCACUCUUGGACGGCAACGCAGCAUGUCACGCAGAGAGACCAGCGAGGAUGCCGACAGCUUGGGUGACGCCAGCAGUCAGCCUGACACUGUCUCCAUCGCCUCCCGAACAUCCCAAAACACCGCAGACAGCGACAAGCUGUCGGGAGGCUGUGAGUUAGUGGUGGUGUUGCUGGAUUUCUCCUCUGGUUCACCUGGAGAGCUGAGUGUCCGCUGUGGUCAGACUGUUGAGCUAGUGGAACGCUCAGCUGAGAGACCCGGCUGGUGUUUGGUCCGAACAACCGAUCUAACUCCACAACAGGAGGGGUUGUUGCCGAUGAGCGCCCUCUGCCUGUCACAUUCUCAUAGUGCUGCCGACAUGGAAACACUGGUGCCGGCUUCUCCUGCCUCUUCGGGCAACGCCCCCUCCUGCAUCACCACUACCACCUCUUUCAGUGCCUCCAAUUCAUCGUCACUCACGAGCUCUGGGAAGGGUGGGACAACCACUGUGGUCUCCAGUCUGGGUGGAGCUCCAGCGGGUGCUGCCAGUUCACCAGCACCAAAACGUAGUGGCUCAGGGACAGGAAACACAUUAAAGCGCUGGUUGACCAGUCCCGUUAGGCGGCUGAGUCAAGGAAAAGCUGAUGGACAGAAGAAAGCUCCGAUCCGCAAUAGAAGGCGGGAUAACCGGACAGAAGUGACCAUGCCUCUCACGGGAAAUUCAACAAUGAAGGCAAAAAAGGAGGAUGCGGGACAAAGUGGAGGGGAGGAGGAGCCAGAGGAAGAAAGUCACACCCCUUUACCACCACCUAUGCAGAUAAUUAAAGAUCCCAACAACAGUGGGGCACUCGACUCUGACCAAAGUUCCAAUGAGUCGGAUAGUGAGCAGCAAAACAAAGCAAUGAGAGGGCGCAUGUUCGUAGUAAACGAGAUGAUUCAAUCGGAGAAGGACUACGUGAAGGACUUGGGAGUAAUUGUUGAGGGUUUUAUGUCAAGGUUGGAUGUCAGGGGGAUCCCAGAGGACAUGAGAGGAAAAGACAAGAUUGUAUUUGGCAACAUUCAACAGAUCUAUGACUGGCAUCGCGACUUCUUCCUGGUCGAGUUGGAGCGUUGCAUUCAAAACCACGACCUUCUGGCCGACCUCUUCAUCAGACAUGAGCGCCGCCUCCACAUGUAUGUGGUUUACUGUCAGAAUAAACCGCGGUCAGAGUACAUCGUCAUAGAGUACGAGACCUUCUUUGAGGAGAUCCAGCAUGAGAUCAGCUGCAGGAUGUCUAUCAGUGAUUACCUAAUCAAGCCCAUCCAGAGGAUCACCAAGUAUCAGCUCCUGCUGAAGGAUUUCCUAAAGUACACAGCCAAAGCUGGUUUGGACUGCGAAGAGAUCGAGAAAGCACUGGAGCUGAUGUCGCUGGUGCCGAAACGCUGCAAUGAUAUGAUGAACCUUGGCCGCCUGCAGGGUUACGAGGGUAAGCUGACCUCUCAGGGUAAGCUGCUGCAGCAGGAGACCUUCUGCGUGUGGGAGCAGGAUGGUGGUGUACUAUCUCGGAGCAAAGAACGCCGGGUUUUCCUGUUCGAGCAGAUCAUCAUCUUUAGCGAACUCCUGCGCAAAGGAUCCAGCAAUCCAGGAUAUCAAUUCAAGAACAGCAUCAAGGUGAGUUACCUGGCCAUGCAGGAGAACGUGGAGGGAGACCCCUGCAAGUUCAUGUUGUGGUCUCGCGGUUCGGCUGAGCGCUUCACGCUGCAAGCGUCCUCCACUGGCAUCAAAACCACCUGGGUGGAAAACAUCACCGCCCUGCUGGAUGCUCAGAAUAAUUUCCUGUCUGCACUCCAGUCUCCUAUCGAGUACCAGAAAAAGGAGGGCGGAAUAUCGGUGACCCGCCCACUGUCGUCGGGGAGGUCACCUUCAGCUCCACCCACACCUAACGGCCACGCCCCUCAGUCGUUGCCAGAUAGCGAUCAGGAUGUCCAGGAGUUGGUGCUAGUGCUUCAGGACUUUGUGGCCGUACGCGAAGACGAGAUCUGCGUCUUCCGGGGGGAGAAAGUUCAAAUUCUGGCCUCCAACCAACAGGGUCAGAGUCUGGUGUACCGCCCGGCCAACAGCGACUCGCCGGCGGCCGAAGGCUGGGUGGCACGCAGCGCACUCGACACACAAUGA